GGGGCCGAAUACUUUCGCAAGGCACUGUACUUCAUCAUUGAUUUUAUUGCAUCCAGAUUGCCACUGUACACACACUCUCACCAGGAUGGCUGAAGAACGCAGGGUCUGUAGCAGUGCCCCACAAGUUGAGUCAAAGCCUCCCUCUUCAAUAAGGGAACUGGAAUCUAAAAACUUGCAUCUCAGAAGGAAGUUAAGCUCAGUGGAGGAAGAAAGUGUUUCUGUGAUGCAAGAAAACAGACAACUGAUCAUUGAAUUGGAAGCAGUGAAUCUCGAACUUGCCAGCUCCAAAACCAAAGUCCGGGUUCUGGGUUCCACCGUAGGGUCUAAGACUUCUAGUGUGUGUCAUAUGAAGGAGGAGAUUGAGGGUAUGAAGGCUGAGGUUGAGGCCCAAGGGAAUGCACUCAGAGUUGAGCAACAGAGAAAGGAAGCUCUUGUUACUGCAGAGAGGCAGACAUUGGCUCUCCGGAGUUACAAGGGAAAUAUGUCUGAGAAACUGAAGAAGGUGUUGGACAACGAGGCCAGACUGAAGGAGGCUCUUAUCCAGUGUGAUAAAGAGAGAGUGGUGUGGGAGAGGAGGUGUCUUCAGCUAGAGCAGGACAAGACCGAAAUGAACCAGCUGAUCGGCCAGUUGAAGGAAGAGUCGGUCAGAGCCAAGGCGAUGAGUGUAGAGAGCGCCACGUUGCGUUCUCGUCUGGAAGAGGCCUCUGUCCAGGCUGUGGAGCUGAAGAGAAGACUGAGUGACAGGGAGAUAGUUGAGAAGGACAUAGAGGUGUUGAGGAAGGAGUGUAGGGACCUACGCCACCUCACUACCAGCCAGGAGCAGAGACUGGAGCACUGUCAGAGAGAAGCACAGCAGAGCCAGGCUGAACAGGCCAGCCUAGAGGCCAUCCUCAGCCUGCUGCAUCUUAGAGAGAGUGGAGGGGGAUCACUCUGUGCUAAGCCUUGUCUGCCAGCUCCAUUCUGUGAUGUCCCCAAACUCAAGCCAGGGGAGCAGUACCAGCAGCUACUGCCUGUGUUGCAUGCUGUGGAGCAGGAGAGAGUCAGGCAGGCAGCUCUAGCCCUGGACCUGCAGGAGAGACUAAGGCAGGCCCAGGUGGAGCUGACUGCCCUACAGAACAACAUGAACCAGAGAGACCUCCAGCUACAGAAACUGCACACAGAGCUGCAGGAGAGGACAGUACAAAUUAACCAGCUGGAGAGAGAGGCGGCUCUCGUCCUGGGCCUGCAGGAGAGACUAAGGCAGGCACAGGAGGAGAUGACUACCCUACAGAACAACAUGAACCAGAGAGACCUCCAGCUUCAGAAACUACACACAGAGCUGCAGGAGAGGACAGUACAAAUUAACCAGAUGGAGAGAGAGUUAAGGAGGAAGAACGUCUGCCUGGCAACUACAGUGCAACAGUUAGAGAAGAAAGAUGCAGGACUUUCACAGGCUGUAGAGAAGACCACUGAGUUGGAGCAGAACCUGCUGGAGAAGAGCAGCAGUAUCCAGCACUUUAAAACCACUCUGGACUUGAAGAAGAGGGAUUUCCAGCAGGAGUUGGAGGAGACUCAGAGAGUUGGCUCAGAGCAACGUAAGAAGCUACAGGAUCAAAUCAAAAUGUUGCAGUCUCAGAAAGCAGAGCUGGAGAACGACUUGUCUUCAGCCCAGCAUGAGAGACAGGAGGCCCAGCACAGAGCAGAGAGACUUCAGACCUCCCUCAACCAGCUCGCGCAUGAUACAGAGACGAGAGCCAAUCAAGACCAGGAGGCCUUGAGAGCUCUCAGAGUGCAGGCAACAGAGUAUACUACCAAGGUGAGGUUUUUGGAGACAGCCCUGACAACAUGCCAGGAUGAGUUGAGCGACUGUAUGCUACAGAUAAAGGGAGUGAAGGGACGCUACGAGAGAGAGCUGGAGACAAACGCUAAAGAAGUGGAGGCUCUGCAGGCGGAGAUGAGGGGUAGCUCUCUGGUGUGUCAGAGCUCCAGUGAGCAGAACUUGCAGCUGCAGCACACCGUCCAGAGACUGCAGACCAUGCUGCAGGAGAGCACCUCCCGUGUGGCGGAGCUAGAGGACAGACAGGCGCUGUUACUGGAGCAGGUGGGCCGCUUGGAGAAGGACCUGGUGAAAGAGAAGGUGUUAGCCUUCAAAGAGCUGAAGAGGAGAGACCAGAGAGCCCAGGAGGCCAUAGAGGGACUGCAGGAGGCUAGUCAGCAGGCAGCGAGACAUGAGAGAGAAGCCCUGCAACUCUCCAACUCUGUCACUCCAGGAUCUGGAGGAGAAGGUGCGUUUCACCAGGAAGGACAGGAGGAACUCCCUGCACCGCACCCAGCUGCUGGAGAGCCAGAUGAAGACGGUGAAGGGAGAGCUGGUGGAUACACUGGACCACAUGCAGGAGCUACGAGACCGGUUGGGACGCUCACAGGCCAACGCAGAGCAGCGCAAAGUUGACAUGGAGAAACUGCAAGCAGGGAUGAGGAAGCCUUAGUCCAGGGCCAGCAGCUGUUUCUGUGCAGGGAGAAGCUCCAGAGGACAUCUCACAACCAGGAGAUGCAUAGUCGCUGUGAGAGCCUGGCAAUACAGCUAGAAGAAAGUGUUCAGUUAUGCCG